AUGUCGGCCACUUCUUUCUUCCGAAGUGCGAUACUCCUCGCUGCAGUGGGUGCUGCCAAUGCAGUACCUGUUGUUUCAGAGGCUCAAACAACAGUCUCAUCCUCUGGUCCAGCUGGCACACCCCGUCCCUACAGCUUCGUGACUUCUCACGGCCCCUUCAAAGGAACACCUACCACCACCGGUGCACUCUCAACUACAGUUCUUGCCUCAGCCAUUCCUGAGCGUCCUCCUCCCCCGGGAUCUUUCGACUAUCCCGCCAAUGGCAAACUCAACGCUCCUCAGCCUGCACCCUACACUCCAGACGGCGGUGUUGGCACGAACGGCUCUGCGCCUGUAUAUCGCGUACAAAGCGACUUUGACUACCAAUCUCUCGCUUUGGCUCUGUAUCAAGAGUGGAUUGAACUCGAUCUCUUCCGCUGGGGUCUCGCCACUUUCUCAAAGGAAGAGUUCGACGCGUACGGCAUCAACGAUGAGGACCGUUUCUUAAUCGAGCACAUGGCUCGUCAAGAAAUCGGCCACGCAACUGUAAUCAGCAACAUGCUCGGCCCCGAAGCCCCGAAGCAGUGCACGUACAACUACCCCGUCUCCAACGUCCCCGAGUUCAUCGACUUCAACCAGAAGCUCACGCGCUGGGGCGAGUCUGGCGUUUACGGCUUCCUGCCGCACUUGAAUUCUGGACCUGCGGCGCAGUUGUUGCUGCAGAGUAUUACCAUUGAGGCGAGGCAGCAGAUGAUCUUCAGACAGUUUGGCGGUACGUUUGCUAUGCCGGAGUGGCAUACACCUGGUAUUCCGCAAAGCUGGGCGUGGACUUUGUUGGCGCCGUAUAUUUCGAGCUGUCCUUCUAAUCAGACGAGACUUGUCUGGCAGAACUUUCCGUCGCUGAAUAUUCUCAACCAGCCUAACCCUGCGCGCAUCAAUGGGUCUGCUGUUUGGAAUGAGACGACUGGAGGAUAUGCCAAUACUUUGUCUACGAAGGACAUUGAUAAGGAUGAGCUCUGUGUAAACGCUACUGAGACCGGCGAAAAUUGCAAGGCUGCGAUUACUCACAACCGCACCAUCCCUCUGUCCUACCCCGGCCGUCAGGUCUUCCUGAACUGGGAUGCACCCGGCAAGCCCGUCGGUCCCAACAACAGCUACAUCACCUCCACCAACGUCAAGGAGCCCAAGUUUGCUGCGUGGGUAUCUCAGCUCAACGUCACAUAUUCUCCUCUUCAGAACAUCAGUCUCGAGGACAGAACGGCGUACACCAUCCAGCCUAAUGUCUCGACUUGGCAGGGUGAUCCCGCUAUCAACGGAACUAUGUUCCUUGCUUUGACGGAUACGGAUCUCUAUGUUACGCCUUAUAACCUUACGAUGAUUAACCCUCACGUUGCUGCUCUCGCUGUUUACCAGGCUGGUUAG